GAGAAAAGAGCUGCUGGCCUCGCAGGAGGCUGUGGCAGGGCCACCCCAGCACUGGGUGUUCUGCCCUCGUGAGCAGGCAGAAGCUGAGGAGGGACGUGCCAAAGAGCAGCAAGGAGAGGUGGACUGGGAGCGAGCUGGUCCUCGCAGGAAUGGUGGAUCUUCAGUCUCUCCACAGAAGGAACAUCUUCAAGGUUCCUGGGUGGAACUGCACUUCAGCAGCAAUGGCAAUGGGAGCACCGUCAGUGCAGGGAGCCAGGAGCAAGUGCCAGCCUCCAUUUCCAUUCACAACGGUGACAUGGAGAAGAUACUCCUUGAUGCUCAACACGAAUCUGGAAGGAGCAGCUCGAGAGAGAGCUCACACUGUGACAGCCCUCCUCGUUCCCAGACACCCCAGGACAGCCACAGAGCUUUGGAAAUAGAGAGUCACAGCAGUGGAGAAAAGAACAGCUUUCAGUCUGAAGAAGAUUUCCUUGAAAGGAGGAGGGAAGUGGAAAGGCUCCUGAAGAAGAAUGCGGACUGGAUUUGGGAUUGGUCCAGCAGGCCGGAGAACAUCCCCCCAAAGGAGUUCCUUUUCAAGCACCCCAGGCGCACGGCCACCCUGAGCAUGAGGAACACCAGUGUGAUGAAGAAAGGGGGCAUAUUCUCAGCAGAAUUCCUGAAGGUUUUCCUCCCAUCUCUGCUGCUUUCCCACUUGCUCGCCAUCGGACUGGGGGUGUACAUCGGGCGGCGCCUGACGACCACAGCUUCCAGCAGCGCGUUUUAG